AUGUUAUAUAGCAGUUAUAUUCUGUGUUUGCUGGGUUGAUAUCAUGACGGAAAAGACAUACAUUAAUAUUAAUUCUGGCGAUGAAAUCGUUAUUUCCGGUAUCGCUGGAAGAUUUUCAGAUUCAAAUAAUAUGAAUCAGUUAGGAGAAAAUCUAUUCAACAAGGUUGAUCUUGUUAGAGCAGAUCAUCGUCGAUGGGACAUAGAGCAUCCGGAUUUACCAGAACGCAUGGGGAUAGUUAACGAUGUGGAAAAAUUCGAUGCUGAUUUCUUCAACAUAUCUAUCGAGCAAGUCCACGCGCUCGAUCCUAUGGCAAGAUUAUUAUUGGAACAUGCUUAUGAAGCAAUUGUCGACGCGGGGAUCAAUCCAAUGCAAUUGCAAAAAAACACUGCCGUUAUCGUAGGGAUGACUGUUCUCGAGUCACAGGAGAAAUUUAUGUAUGAGAAUCUUCAGGUAGAAAAAAUUAUUUAUGCUUUUGCAAAUGCGAUAAGAAUGUGCGACGCUAUUUUGAAACCGUACGAUAUAAACAUCAUGAACAUUUUGACAAAGAAACACGAAAAAGUGUGCGAAAGCGUUUUAUACACAUUUGUCGGUAUUAUCGCUGUCCAGAUCGGUUUAGUAGAUCUUCUGACAUCUUUAGAGAUUACUCCGGAUUACGUGAUUAGUCAUUCUGGUGGUGAACUCGGUUGUGCGUAUGCUGAUAAAUGUUUCACUAUUGAACAAACUAUUUUAUCGGCAUACUUUAUCGGUCUGGCCUACAUCGAAGGAAAUAUUAUCCAUAACUCUAUGACAGUUGUCGAUCUGGAUUACGAAUGUCUCAAAAAUAUAUGUCCAGAAGAUAUUGAAAUAGUGUGCUACAACAGUCCAAACAACAAUGUUGUAACAGGGCCGGUUGAAUCCAUGCAAGUAUUCGUGCAAAAACUACAGAUUAAUAACAUCAACGUGAAAGAAAUCUCCUGCGAUAUUCCAUAUCACAUUCAUUAUCUCGCAUCCUUGGAAACUCGGCUUUUAUUCAACUUGAACGAAGUAAUAUCACAGCCGAAAAAACGGAGUCCAAGAUGGAUCAGCACCUCUGUACCUUGCGUCGAAUGGUCCAAUGCGAAAUCGAAAUUAUCUUCAGCAAACUAUCACACGCGUAGUAUAUUAAACACCGUUCUCUUUGAACAAGCAAUGCGUUUAAUUCCGAAUAAUACCGUGGUUAUAGAAAUCGCAUCGAACGACGUUUUGCAGCAUAUUUUGAAGGAAUCACUACAUCCAAAAGUAACAACCAUUGCAUUGACUCAGCGCACUGAACAAAAUAUCACCGAUAUAAUUUUGCGAGGCAUUGGAAAGCUCUACAAUUGCGGCUUACAACCGCAGAUCGCUAAUUUAUAUCCGCCAGUUAGCCGAGGCACUCCUAUGAUAUCUCCAUCUAUCAGAUGGAAUCAUUCUGAAGAUUGGUAUGUGCCAAGCUAUCAAUCACAGAAGAAUAUCAAAUACGGUGAAAGACUCGUCGAAAUCGCACUUGAUGAUGAGACCUAUAGUUAUAUGGCCGGAUACGUAAUCGACAAAAAAAAUUUGCUACCAACCACAGGAUAUCUUGCGCUCGUUUGGGAAACUAUUGGCAUAAUGAAAGGGGAAAUGUACACAACUAUGCCGAUAGUAUUUCAAGAUAUAAGCUUCAUUCGUGCUACUCAUUUGUCGGAUAACGCUGCAAAAUUGACGAUCACGAUACAGAAAGAUAGUGGAAAGUUUGAAGUGAUCGAAGGAGAUAGCCUUGUGAUAAUUGGUACAAUGUAUAUCGUAUCAAAUCCAGGACAAGAGAUGAUUCCGACCGAUUUAUUACCGGAGGAUGACGACGAAGAAGAAGAUAUGACUACUCGAGACGUCUAUAAAGAACUGAAACUGCGUGGUUAUGAGUACAGCGGUUGCUUUUGUGGACUAAAAAGCGCAUCUAUUUCAGGCAACAAAGGACACAUCGUUUGGACAAAUAAUUGGGUGACAUUUAUGGAAACCAUGCUACAGCUGCAUAUUCUUGGAUACAAUACUAGAGAUUUAUAUGUUCCUAUAAGUAUUCAAAAAUUGGUGAUUGAUCCUGCGCUUCACACAUCAAAGCUGCGGGACAUAUUGAAUGACAAGGAUAAACAAUUACCAGUACGCAUAUACAGAGAAAUAGACGCGAUUAUAUCUGGCGGAAUAGAGAUUCGGGGUGCUAAGACUACCGUGAUUUCUCGCCGAAAACUAAUUCAAGAUCCUGUUAACGAGGAAUACAUAUUUGUAGCUCAUCACGAUCGUGCUAAGAUUUCUUUGGAUGAAGCAAUUCGAAUAUCGGCGCAACUCGUGUUGGAAGAUCAUCAGAUUAUCAAAAUAAAAGCUAUUGAGCUAGUGGAAAAUACUGAUAAUGUAACAUUGGAAAAUUUAUCAUCUUUGUCAUUGAUUAAAACUUUAAACAAUAUGCCGUUAAUACAAACAAAUAUUACAUUAAUAACAUCACCGAAUCGCUUCAAUUCAAUAGAAUUGCCGGAAAACAUUACAAUUGCAGCUUUAAACAAGUUAUCUACAAAUGAUAAAAUCUUAAUAGCUUUUGGAUUCAAUCUUUUGACGAAACCAAAAAACUGGUUAGAACGACUUUUGCCAUUCGUAAUGGAAGGUGGUUAUCUAUUGUUGCGCGAGAGAUGCAAUAUAACUGAUUACAAAAAACACUUGCGGCAAUAUAAAUUAAAUGUCAUUCUUGAAAAGCGUACCGAUACGGAAGUAAUUUUGCUUCUAAAGAAAAAAGUUCCGGUAAAGAGAAUGGCCGUUGUCCAUAUAAGUAAUAACGACUUUAAUUGGCUCGAACACCUAAAGUUGCUUAUGAACAAUGAGAAUCAACUUGACAAAGACAAUAGAAUCAUAAUUGUUGGAGAGAGAGACUUUGAGAGCGGUUUGCUGGAUUUCAUUAACUGCUUGAGAAAGGAGUCAGGCGGCGAGUUUGUCAGAGGUGUACUUGUUCAAGACCAGAAGGCUCCUAAAUUCUCUCUACAAGAUCCUUUUUAUAUGCAACAAUUGCAAAAAGGCAUGACUAUUAAUGUUUUGCGGUCUAAUAAGAUCUGGGGAUCUUAUAGGCAUUUGAGAUUACCGCCUCUAGAAACUGAACCUGUAUCCACCGGCUACGUCUGUCAAAUGACAAUCUUAAAGAUUCAAGAGGAAGAUAAACCUCUGAGUGAGCUUAUUGUCGCACAUCGCCGUUACUACUGUCUUAGUGACAAAAUCUAUAUUAUCUUAGGAGGCCUGGGUGGAAUCGGUUUGGAGUUAACUGACUGGCUAAUACAACGAGGUGCCAAGAACGUCGUGCUAAUUUCGCGAAUUGGAAUAAAAAAUGUUUAUCAGCGCAGGAAAGUUCAAUUGUGGAAGUCGUACGGUAUAAAUGUGCUCAUCAUCAAAAAUAUCGAUAUCACCGACAGCAAUGAUUGCAAACGUCUUCUCCAAAUUGCGGAAAAGAUAUCACCGGUAGACGCGAUAUUUAAUCUAGCUAUGGUGUUGGAGGAUCACGUCGUGAAGAAUCAUACUGCGGAUACCUUUGCGUAAUCUUUCAAAUCAAAAGCCUGGGCGACCCACAUGUUGGACAAACUGUCUAGAAAUAUCUGCUGUAAACUUCGGCACUUUGUAGUAUUCUCUUCCGUUUCUUGCGGCAGAGGAAACGCCGGACAAACUAAUUAUGGCAUGGCCAAUUCCAUCAUGGAAAGAGGAGUGUGCGAGAAAAGAGUGGAUAAUGGAUUACCCGGAUUGGCGAUUUAGUGGGGAGCCGUGGGUGACGUAGGUCUUAUCGCUGAUAUGCAGGAAGACAAUAAAAUACUCAUUGUCGUCGGCACCACGCAGCAAAAGUUAGCCAGUUGCCUUGACGAGCUCGAUAAAUUCUUACUUCAAGGCCGGCCAGUCGUAAGCAGCAUGGUCUUAGCCGAAAAGAAAGUAGCAUCUUCCGGACUUGGCAAUAUGGUAGAAACUGUCGCUAAUAUUCUAAACAUAAGUAAACUCAAAAACAUAGCAAUGAGACUGAACGCAAUGGACACGAAAAUCGAAGAUCAAAUGAUUAUCUCGAAAAUCCUAGCCACGUUACCGCAAGAGUAUAAACACUUUGCUACUGCGUGGGACUCGACCCCAAAAGGAGAGGGAACUCUGGAAAAUUUGACUGCACGAUUAAUUGCAGAAGAGAUGAGAGACAAAGAUAGGCAGUCGGAAGAAAAAGCGGUCGCCUUCAAAGCAAUAAACAAAAAAUGCUACAAGUGCAAUAAACCAGGACACAUGGCAAAAGACUGUAGAACGAAGAAUAGGCCCAAUGAGAAAGAAGUGCGCUGCUUUAAAUGCAAUAAGAAAGGUCAUAUGGCAAGAUCAUGUGAUGAAAAGCCUAAAACAGAGAGAUGCAGCAUCUGCAAAAAGAGCAAUCAUAAAGAAAAGGACUGCAGGACUUCAGGAAAAAGAAAGAGGCUAAAGAUGAAAGAACAGAAAAAGUGGCGUUUAUGGCAGCCGGUCUACAAGAAGAUGACAUCUGGAUAGUGGACUCAGGUUCCACCUCGAAUAUGACCAACAGAGAAGAAUAUAUAAAACAUCUCAACAAAACUGAUUCGAAAAUAAGAGUAGCGAAAGCAAAUGAAACAAUGGUGGCGAAA